CUGAGUGCCACAAGCCGCUCGCAACGUUAGCAAACAGUACCCUGUCACACGAGUAGAACAAAAAUACUCACCGACGACGCUCGCUCUGGUUCUUCAUCCUUGGAAUGACGCGGCGAUUCAUACACCCACCUAAAGUGCCACAAGAGAUUAGUUGCGUUUCUUUAGCGCUCUACUAGAAACCAGCGCUCGUCAUACUUGCGAUCGAUGUACGUCAAACGAAUAAAGUUCCGCGUGCGCUCGCCGUCACUGCCUCCGUUCGGACGGAAGCUCGGGUCGUGCUUGUUGCGCCAAUACUUCUGCGCUGCCUCGUUACCGCCCUGGUUGAUCAUGUUCUUGACCUCGCUCUCGGUGAAUUUUGACAUGGAAAUGGACUUGACUCGAUGGGCGAACUCGCGGCUGCCAACAGCAGCCGCAGCAGAAUUGGUUAAUAAAAGCCGAUAAUUAAUGCAACAAUGCGUUCCCUUACUGGAUGCCACUGCAGGCAGUGCAGACGAAGGUGUUGAAAUCCAGGCAGACGUAUUGGGGCAUCUGGUAGCAUUUACAGCGUCAGCACGUCCAGUCGAGCUCGGCAAUGAAGCCGGCGCCUACCAUCUCAUUGCAGUCGAAGCAGCGCUUAUUGGACGGGUUGGAGCGCUGGAAAUCGCGCAGCUCCUGGAUCAGCCGCUCCUCCUGGCGCUUCUCGCUCGGCGAAGACUUCGCCAUGACAGCGGGGAUAGAUGCAGGGGGCGACGCAAUUGAGCACGCGAUGCGCAGGGGGUCGCAACGCUAUGAGUUCCAGAAUGUCAAAAAUGAGACAGGCUGUACCAUUUAUAUGGUACUUAUACGUUUACAGAACAACCGCGAGAACAUGCGCGCGGAAUACGAGAGACGCCUUCAAGCACACCUCAACGCUCCUAUCUCGAUGACCGAAGGGUGCAAGCCGCACCCUUAGCUAGCCAACAUGAAGUGCAUAGUUUGAGCCGUCGCGACCCUCGGAUCCAGCCACACUACACGACACCAUGAGCUCGUUCGAGGACGUAGAGCUCAUCGCGCAGUGGAUCCGCGAUCGUAUCACGUUGCCCGGGUAUCAACCCAAGGCAUGGACGUCCGCGGAUCUGGCGACAGUCAAGGAGUUCGCAGAGAGCACAGGCGUGCCUGCGCUGUUCCUGACCGUGCAGAAUGACUCGCUCGUAGUCAUGACGACGGCCCCGCGACAUUUCAGCAGCGUCAUGUACUUUGUCAAAAAUGGACAGACACUCGUGACGCCCGCUAAUAUCAAAGACGCGCUGCAGUACGGGACGGUCGAGAAGGAUGCCAUCUCGUCGCUACUGCACCUUAUGAACGGUUACUAUCUGCAGAGACUGCAGGCCAACAAGUCGUGGCCCGAGAGUGUGCAGAAGGAGUUCACGGGCCAGUUCUUCCGCUUCAUGUCGAGCCUCACAGAGACCGUGAGUCGCGGCUGCGGCAAGACCGUGCUCUAUCUGCCGCCAGUUAAUCCGGACAAGUUCAACUACAAGGACAAAGACCUCGUGCAGCAGUUGGAGUCCACAGUGAUCCACUGGACACGGCAGAUCAAAGAAGUAAUCAAUAACCAGGACAACGCACACGACGCAGAAGGAGCAGGUCCGCUUGAGGAGAUCAAGUUCUGGGAGCAUCGGACCCAAGAUCUUUCGGGCAUUACUGACCAGUUAAAUCGCGAUGGAGUCAAGGAGAUCGUAGAGAUCUUACGAGCUGCCAAGUCGUCGUACUUGCAGCCUUUUGAGACGUUGUCACAGAUCAUUAAACAAGGAUCCACCGAGGCUAACGACAAUCUUCGCUUCCUGCAGAAACUCAGCCCUGUGUGUGAAGAUAUCGCACGUGCGCAGCCUGAUGAGAUCCCGUUACUACUGCCGAAGCUUCUUAACUUUAUUCGGCUUAUAUGGAUGUACUCGCGUCACUACAACACGGAGGACCGAAUCACGAGCUUGUUACGCAAGGUGAGCAAUGAGAUUAUCAUCGUCUGUUGCAAGAAGAUUUCGCUGCCGGACGUGUUCGAUGGUAAUGUCGAGGCUAGCGUCCGCCAUCUCGAGCAGAGUAUUCAGUGUGGAGUAUCGUGGAAGCAGAUCUACCGCAAAGCCUCCCAUGCUGUGAACACUACGGCCCCAUCACCUGACCGUCGGUGGAAUUUUGAUGAAACGGGCAUUUUCGCACAGAUAGACGCGUUUGUACAGCGUUGCAGAGAAUUGUUGGAAGUGUGCGAAGGUCAGAUCCAGUUUGCACGUAAGGGUAAAGAUGGAAAGCGCGAAGAUCUUCCUACAUUCGGAGGCAAUCGUGGCAUGGACAUAGUGAAGAGUUUACGGGGUAUUGAAGCGCAGUUUGAGGGUCACGUUGAGCGGUUGCGCCAACUGGACUAUGAUAUCCUAGACGUCAAGAACACCAGUUGGCACAGCGACUUCAACUCGUUCAAGAAUGGAAUGAAAGAUCUUGAGGCUAUGACCCAGAACGUUAUCAACGGAGCCUUCGAGAGCGUAUCCACAGUCGCCGCCGGUGUGGACAUGAUUGGGUCUUUCCAAAAAAUCGCUCAGCGCGAGGCUAUCAAACGCUGUGUGGAGAAGCGUACGAUCGACAUUUUUGGAAUGUUUAAGGCGAAUAUCGCGUCAAUUCGAAAUCUGUUUGAGAAGAACAAGCACGCUCCGCUGCUAUCGCCCACUGAGCCUCAGUUUGCAGGUGCAGCACUAUGGGCACGCAGCCUGCUACUGCGUGCAACAGACGACCUUGUGCGUCUGCAAGAAUUAGUCGACCCCUCCAACGCAGCCGAGUGUGACGAGGCACAGAACGCCUAUGAUGGCUUGCGGUUGGUCAUCAACGAGUACAUCCAGCGCAAAUACCACGACUGGAUCGAAGACUUGAAUACUCUGGGCAACACAAAUAUGAAUUCACGAUUGGAAAACCCGUUGAUGACGAAGACUGGGGCAGACUCUGACGCCGUGCCUGCUAGCGUAAACCUGAACUCCCACAACAAGGACACUAACGCACUUCAAAACACAGAGAAGACGCUGAUCGGACGGGCUAAGAAAGGUUUUCUCCACUGCAACUUCGACCGUCCGUUGCUUAACUUGUUCGCGGAGGUUCAUUACUGGCAGUAUUUCAACGGCGAAAUCCAGAUCCCAUACAUGGCCCACGAUAUUUGCAACCAGAAAGAGCAGCUGCGGGUGCUGCGUGAACAUGUCAUGCUGGUAGUUCGCGACUAUAAUCGCAUUUUGCUGGACUUGUCUUCAACAGAGCGACGGUUGUUUGAAGAUAUCAUUCGCAAGCUAGAUCGCCGGAUCCAACCAGGGCUUCAAAAGCUCACGUGGGUCUCCAAAGGAAUCGUCGAGUGGUAUGUUGCAGACUGCCGUAAACACUGUGAGACGACGUACAAGAUUGUCCAGGAAUUCCAGGAGAACAAGGAUAUUGUGAUGAAGAACUGCAAGAUGAUCAGCGGCUUAAUGCACAUCUUCAUCGAGCGCAACACUAUCUACGACGACGGCGUGUUCGAAGCGAAGCAGGUGAUUCAUCGCAAGACUAUCGAGAAGCAGCUGCGCGAGGCGUACCAAACGAUUAGCUCGACGAUGACAGCGAGCUACGAACACUUUGCUUCGGGUCCUCCUGAGGUACAGCGAGAAUGGAAUCGUUUUGUGGAGCGCUCGGAUAAAAUGCUGGAAGAUGCACUCCGUCAGUCUGUGAAGAAGUCGCUUCAAGAGCUGUCGAAAGCCAUCAAUGGCGAUGCCAAGACUGACCCGCGGCCCCUGUUUCGGAUCCAUGUUGUGCUUGAAGACAACAAGGUGGAGUUCAAGCCGUUCAUGGCUGACCUCACACUCAUGGUAAAUACAGUGGCCAAGGAGAUUUUCAACGUCAUUUCUGUCGUGCCUCGCUUGGUCGCAUCGCUCCCGCAACAGCACAGCAACAACCAAGUCAAUGCAGACAACUCAACCACCAGCGAUGCUCCUGCAGACGGAAAAAAUGAUUCAAAGGGCGGAGAGGAGGUGCGUGCACCAGCCACGACAAGUGGAGAACCUACCGGUAAUCAGGACGAGACACUUUCAACCGUUGAUACACCGGACAAGGCGGACGCCCCACCGGUUGUGAACAACUUCUAUCAGUCCAUUUUCAACGAUGAGGAGAUUCUGAAGGUACUCGUGCAUAUCAUGAACGGUAUGUCGUCUAGCGCGACCGAGUUGCAGAAGUACUUGGGCUAUUGGGACAAGUACAAACUGGUGUGGAACCAAGACAAGCAAGCCUUCAUUCGUCGUUAUGCCAAGGCAAACAGACCGCUGCAGCAGUUCCGCGCAGACAUUGAGCGUUAUCGAGAACAGCAAGUUAGUAUUCAGAACGAAGAUCUGACCAACACGAUUAACUUCAUCCAGAUUGAUACCAACUUUCUCAAGGCGUCUCUAGUGGAGCAUACGGUGCAGUGGAUCGGCAAGCUCACGGGUCUGCUGAACCAGACAGCACAUGGGGAGUUGAAAGAGCUCAUGAAUAUGAUGAAGGACAACACUCAGAAACUACAGAUCAAGCCACUAAAUCUGGAUCAUCUGAGCGAGAGUAUCCAUCUUCUACAAGAUAUCAAAGAGGGAAUGCCAGGAGUUGUGGCUCGCUUUGAGCCUUUGCAACACAAGUACGAUCUGCUGGCUGAAUUCGACGUGCAGACAACAGACGAGGAGCAGCGUGACCUCGCCAAUCUGAAAGCCAACUGGGAAACGUACGAGGCGAUGCUGGUGGACGCGAACACGAUGCUGCAAAAGUGCAAAGUCAGCAUGAAGCAGAGUUUGCAGGAUUCUGUGGCUGACCUGAACAACAUCAUGUCGGAACUACGCACUGAAGCAGAGGCGACACUACCAUAUUCCGGUGAACAACAAUCUAAAAUCGCGCAUCAGAUUCUCGCUGAUUUCGAGAAGAAAAUGGAGGCCACACGCUCUCGCCAGAACGCGCUGAAGAAAGGACUGGAGAUUUUUGGCAUCGACGAAUCCAAGAACGACGGAUUUGUGCAAACCGAGAAGGAACUUGAGCUACUUCAGCAGAUUUGGGCUCUUACCGAUGAGUGGGAAGUCGUGUGGGCUUCGUGGAAGAAUAAGGUGUUCUACGAGAUUGAAGUGGACACGAUGGAGUCAACUGCUGCUCAGUUCUUCAAGAAAGUGGUCAAAUACGGGAAGGACAUGAAAAACUGGGCCGUAUGGAGCUCUAUGAAGACCAAAAUCGAGCAGUUUAGACAGACGUUACCACUAAUUCAAGAUCUCAAGAGUCCUGCGCUUCGAGCACGUCACUGGGCACAGCUGAAGGAGGAGAUGGGAAAGACAUUCGACACAGAAUCUACCAGUUUCACGCUGGAGCGAGUAUUUUCACUUGGAUUUCAUUUACAUGCGGAAUUUAUUAGCACGCUGUCAAGUAAUGCUGGGAAAGAGUUGUCGAUCGAGCAAACCCUUGACGCGAUCGAGAAGCGCUGGGCUACGAUUGACGUCGACAUCACAGAAUACAAGGGCGUAUACUAUAAAAUCCGAUCUGCAGACGACUUGUUCACCGCUCUGGAGGAUGAUCAAGUGCAGCUGUCCACCAUGAAGGCCUCGCCGUUCUUCGGAUCUUUCGAUACGCGGAUUCUGUACUGGGAGAAGGCUCUUUCUCACUUAUCCGACGUGAUCGAGACGCUACUUGGUGUGCAGCGCUGUUGGAUUUAUUUGGAAAGUAUCUUCAUGGCGUCUGAGGAUAUCCGUAAGCAGCUGCCGUUGGAAAGUCAGCUCUUUGAUGAGGUUAACGCUGCUUACUGCAAAGUAACAGAAGGGAUGGCCAAGACAAAGAACGCACUGCAAGCUACGCAGGAAGCGGGGGUACUGGAGACGUUGGUCACUAUGCAAGAGAAGCUGGAUCAGAUUCAGAAGUGUCUGGAUCAAUAUCUGGAGACGAAGAGAAUGCUGUUCCCACGGUUCUAUUUCUUGUCAAAUGAUGACUUGCUUGAGAUUCUAGGCCACCAGAAGGAUCCAGAUCAAGUGCAGAAACAUAUUAAGAAGUGCUUUGAAGCAAUCAAGACCCUGAACCUGAUCCCUCCUGGUGCGCGUGGAAACACAACGUUCGAGGCUCUGGGGAUGAACUCACCGUGCGGCGAGCAAGUGGUGUUUGCGUCGAAUGUGGUUGUUGCUGGAGCAGUGGAAGGGUGGCUACUGCGGAUUGAGGCCGCCAUGGUCAAUACGUUGGAGAAGAUUUUUGCACAAUGUAUCGUUGGUUACAAAGGCAAGAAGGAGAAGUGGAUUAAGGAUUUCCCAGGUCAGCUGUUGAUCACGUGUGGCCAAACCGCCUGGACGAAUGAGUGCAUCAAGGCACUCAAUGAGGUGGCUAAAGGAGAGAAGAAAGCGCUGAGGCAGCUGAAGAAGAAGUGGAUUUCCUACUUGAACAAGCUCGCAGACAUGGUGCGUGGCCAGCUUUCAGCGACUGACCGCCGUAAAGUCGUCGCUGUUAUCACAACGGAGAUCCACUCGCGAGAUGUCAUCGAUCGUCUGGUCAAGCAGAACUGCAAGAGUGUGAAUGACUUUGACUGGUUGAUGCAGCUACGCUUCUACUUUAACAAGGAUUUAGGCGAAUCCGGCAUUUGUGAGGUCAAGCAGACAGUCACUUCGUUGCAGUACUCGUACGAAUACCAGGGCAACAACGGACGUCUGGUGAUCACCCCGCUGACGGAUCGCUGUGUUCUUACCAUGACCACAGCGCUACAUCUUAACAGAGGUGGCAACCCGCUGGGUCCAGCCGGAACGGGUAAAACUGAGACGGUGAAAGACUUGGGCAAGAAUCUAGCGAAGUACGUUAUCGUCUUCAACUGCAGUGAUGGUUUGGACUACAAAUCGGUUGGACGUAUGUUUGCUGGCCUUGUCCAGUCUGGCGGCUGGGGAUGUUUCGAUGAGUUCAACCGUAUCGAGAUCGAGGUGCUCUCUGUCGUGGCACAGCAGGUCUUGACCAUCAUGCAGGCUCUCACAGCCAGAAGUACGCAGGUUAUGUUCCUUGGCUCAAUGAUGCGCGUCAAUUUCAACAUGGGUAUCUUCAUUACGAUGAAUCCGGGCUAUGCUGGACGUACUGAGCUUCCAGACAAUCUCAAGGCUCUGAUGCGCCCGUGUGCCAUGAUGGUACCUGAUCUGGCUCUAAUUGCUGAGGUUAUGCUCCAAGCUGAAGGAUUUCGUGAUGCUAAAGUUCUGGCGAAGAAGACGACGACCUUGUAUGGACUGAUGAUCCAGCAGUUGAGCAAGCAGGAUCACUAUGACUUUGGACUGCGUAGUUUGAAGGCUGUGCUGAACAUGGCAGGCACUCUGAAACGCGAGGACCCGAACUUGCAGGAGGAGAACAUUUUACUGCGUGCACUGCGGGACAUGAAUAUGCCCAAGUUCAUUCGGGAAGACGCAGUGCUCUUCCGCUUGUUACUGGGAGAUUUGUUUCCGUCCAUUGAACUCCCUGUAACAGACUACGGCAAACUACAAGGCAACAUCGAACAGGCCUUGCUAGAGACCAAACUUCAAGUGCAUCCGGUGAUUGUAUUCAAGACGAUCCAGUUGUACGAGUCUCAGGUGACUCGCCACUGUAAUAUGAUCGUAGGUCAGACCAUGGCGGGAAAGACGACGAUCUGGAAGACUCUUAUGGCUGCCAAGACAUCGCUAGCGAAAGACGGGGUUCCCGGAUACAUGCCUGUUCGUGUACAGGUGCUGAACCCCAAGUCUAUCUCUUUGAACGAGAUUUACGGCGUGUACGACCUCGCAACGUUCGAGUGGAUCGACGGUAUUCUAUCCGCUAUCUUCAGAAAUUUGGCAGCGGAUGAGAAAGCAGAAGAGAAAUGGAUUAUGCUCGAUGGACCGGUUGAUACGUUGUGGAUUGAAAGUAUGAACAGUGUGAUGGAUGACAACAAAGUACUUACGUUGAUCAACGGUGAUCGGAUCAGUAUGAGCCCUUCGAUGGCUCUCAUGUUCGAGGUCCAGGAUCUAGCAGUGGCUUCUCCAGCUACCGUCAGUCGUGCCGGUAUGGUUUACAUGGAUGUUGAAGACCUUGGUUGGCGACCUUUUAUCCAGACGUGGCUGACUACGACCAUUAGCAUCCAAGAGGAACGCGACGUGCUUCAAGCACUGUUCGAUAAGUACAUGGAGAAGGUGCUGCGAUUUAAGACUUUCGAGGUGACAGAACUCAUCCCGGUGACGACGUUUAACUGUGUCAAGUCCUUCUGUAACCUGUACAACGCGCUCGGUACAGCUGAAAAUGGCGUGGAUUUGGCUGCGUGUGGAGACAAAUUCGCUGUCACAGUUGAGAAGUGGUUCCUGUUUUGCAUGACGUGGAGUGUGAUGGCCGCUGCGAACGAGGAAGGGCGCAAGAAGUUCGACUUCUUCCUGCGUGACAUCGACUCUGUUUAUCCUCCUCUCAAAACUGCUUAUGACUUCUUCGUCGAGCCGUCGAGUCGUGAAUUUAAGCUUUGGGAUGAGAAGCUGCCGCCGAACUUCCGUAUCGCUCCAAACACCCCGUUCCACAAGAUUAUGGUGCCCACGAUUGACACAUUGAGAUACGGUUAUCUGCUCCAGACUAUGCUCACGGCAGGCAUCCACACUCUCCUGGUCGGUGAGACUGGCGUGGGAAAGACGACUGUCAUUGAACGAGAAAUUGAGGCGCUCAGCGACGCGUAUAAUGUGCUCGUGAUGAACUUCUCGUCUGCCACGUCGUCUGCAACAACGCAGGAUAUGAUCGAAAACGUAAUGGAGAAGCGCUCAUUGAAUCGAUUCGGCCCUGUCGGUGGUAGGAAGCUGGUUACAUUCAUCGACGACAUGAACAUGCCGACGAAGGACUUGUUUGGAUCUCAGCCUCCACUGGAAUUACUGCGACAAUGGGUCGACUACAGCUGCUGGUAUGACCGCAAGAAACAGACACUCAAGUACUUCAUCGACAUGCAGUUCGUUGCUGCGAUGGGACCUCCAGGCGGUGGCCGAUCGGUCAUCAGUUCGCGCUUCCAAAGUCGAUUCAAUCUGAUCAACAUGACGAUCCCCGAACAAGCUCAGCUGAAGCGUAUAUUCGAGACCAUGCUCGUGCCCAAGCUUGCCGAGUUUGACGAUGAAAUCAAGCCUCUAGGUGUUCCUCUGGUCGCUGCGACCAUCCAACUGUAUCAGAAUGUAUUGGAACAAUUCUUACCGACUCCAGCGAACUGCCAUUACCUGUUCAACUUGCGCGAUAUGGCUCGAGUGAUCCAAGGCCUCUUGCUAUCUGACAAGCACACGGUAGCGAGUCGUGACGGUAUGCUGCGGCUCUGGAUGCACGAAAGUCUUCGAGUAUUCUCUGAUCGUCUCACAAGUUAUGAAGAUCGGCAAUCGUUCAAGAAGAAGCUGGAUGAUCUGCUUGGUGUGCACUUUCAGACUGACUGGAGCCGGUUAUUGUCUUCAGCUCCUGAACAACUCAAGGAAAAUGGACCUCUGUUCACGUACAUUUUCUCCACCACUCCAGGCUCUGAUGAAGGCAGUGCACGGUACGCGGAAGUGAUGGACAUGAAGAUGCUGAAGAAUUUCGUGGAAGAGCAGCUGGAGAAUCAUAACGCUGAACCAGGGUUUGUGCCCAUGAAUCUAGUCAUGUUCAGCGAUGCACUCAUGCACAUCCUACGCAUUCACCGCCAGCUCAUGACGAUGCGUGGGAACCUCCUUCUUGUUGGUGUUGGAGGCAGUGGUCGACAGUCAUUGACGAAGCUUGCAGCGUUUAUGGGUGGCUUCAAGGUGUUCCAGAUCGAAGUAGGCAAAAACUACCGCAGCUUUGAAUUCCACGAAGACAUUAAGAAGCUGUACACUCAAGUGGGGCUACAGCAACAGAAGACGGUCUUCCUGUUCAGCGACACGCAAAUCAAAAGCGAGUCAUUUGUCGAAGACCUCAACAAUAUCCUGAGUAGCGGCGAGAUUCCCGGACUCUUCGAAAAGGACGAACAAGCAGGUAUCUUGGAUGGGGUUCGGCUGCGCGCACGUGCUCAGGGUAUACGAGAAACCAAGGAAUCUCUCUGGAACUUCUUCAUCAGCGAGGUUCGUCGCAAUCUCCACGUUGUGUUAGCGUUCAGUCCCAUCGGAAAAGGCUUUUGCAAUCGCUGUCGUCAGUUCCCGUCGCUCGUUAACAACACCAACAUCGACUGGUUCAAUGAGUGGCCACUGGAUGCUCUUCAAGAAGUUGGGAUGAAGUUCCUUGAGGAGAAAAACGUUGCGGUAGAAACUCAAAGGCCGAAGAUUGCAGCUGUGUUCGCUGUGGUUCACAGUAGCGUUAUGCUGGCAUCUUCCCAAGUGCUGGCCCGUAUGAAGCGCCACAAUUACGUGACGCCUACCAACUACUUGUCGCUAGUCACUGGAUAUGUGGAGCUGCUAUCGGAGAAAGCAGCAACUAUCCGCGAUACUCGCGACAAGCUCAAAAACGGUCUGGCGAAGCUGGAAGAGUCUCGGUUGCAAGUGGAAGAGAUGUCCAAACAACUUGAACAGCGCAAGAUUGUGGUGGCUCAGAAGAAUAAGGACUGCAGCGACUUGCUGGUGGUUAUCGUGUCUGAACGUCGUGUGGCUGACGAGCAGCGCAAACAGGUCGAAGCGGACAGCGAGCGUAUCGGCAAGGAAGAGGCUGAAACCAAGAAGAUCGCCGACGACGCACAAAAAGACUUAGACGAGGCGCUUCCUGCACUGCAACGCGCUAUGCAAGAAGUGGAAAACCUUGACAAGAAGGCUAUUGCAGAGGUCAAAGUGUACACUCAGCCGCCCGAAGCAGUGUCCAUGGUCAUGUGUGCAGUGAUGAUCCUCUUCGGAUUGCCACCUACGUGGGCUUCAGCCAAGACAAAAAUGAAUGACGUGAGCUUCCUGCAGCAGAUCAAGACGUUCGACAAAGAUUCAAUCCGUGACAAGACGGUGACAGCUCUCAAGAAAUACACGUCCAAGCCAACGUUUAACGCUGAUGUAGUGAGAAAAGUGUCGUCAGCAGCUGGAGCUCUAUGCUCGUGGGUAUUGGCGAUGGAAUGCUACGCUGGCGUCUUCCGUGUCGUAGCUCCUAAGAAAGAAGUACUGCGGAAAUCACAACAGGCACUCGCCAUCAAGCAGAAGGAUCUUCAGGUUGCGAAGGAGAAGCUCCAGGAGGUCACGGAGAAAGUUGAGGCUCUGAAGAACCAGUACGAUACCAGCGUGUCGGAGAAAAAUGCACUACGUGAAGAGGCUGAGUUGCUGGAAUUGAAGCUCUCUCGUGCUGAGCAACUGGUUAAGGGACUGGCUGGGGAGCGCGAACGUUGGGAAGCCUCCAUUGCUGACAAGAACGCAAGUCUUCAGAACGUCGUGGGGGACGCGCUUGUGGCUGCAGCAUUUAUAUCGUACGCUGGGCCGUUCGAUACGUUCUAUCGUGGGUCGCUCGUGGAUACGUGGAUGAACCGUGUGACUCAGCAAGCUUUACCGUUGUCCCCUAAGUUCACGUUCAUCGAUUUCUUAGCAGACCCGACUGAUGUGCGGAGCUGGAAUGCUCACGGUCUUCCACGCGACCCGCUUUCCACUGAAAACGGCGUGAUCACAACGCGUGGCAAGCGAUGGCCACUGAUGAUUGAUCCUCAAGGUCAGGCGAACAAAUGGAUCAAGGCAAUGGAAGGAACGCGUCUGGAAGUGGUUGAUCCCAUGAUGAAAGAUCUGCUUCGGAAACUGGAGAAUGGAAUUCGCUUCGGCUCACCCGUGUUGAUGCAGGAUAUUCUGGAGGAUCUGGACCCUAGUCUGGAGCCGGUGCUUACCAAGAGUAUCAUCAAGGUCGGAAACCGCGAGGUACUUCGACUUGGUGAUAAGGAGCUGGACUAUAAUCGAGAAUUUCGUUUCUACCUCACGACGAAGCUGCACAAUCCUCACUACACACCAGAGGUUUCGACGAAGACGACGAUUGUGAACUUUGUCGUAAAGGAACAGGGACUGGAGGCUCAACUGCUUGGUAUUGCUGUUCAGCUGGAAGAACCAGCCCUGGAGGAACAGAAGUCGGAUCUCGUCAUGCGAGUGGCGGCAGCGAAGAAAAAGCUCAUUGAUCUUGAGAACGAAAUCCUGCGUCUUCUCUCAGCCGCGAAAGGAUCGCUUCUGGACGAUGAGCAGCUUGUGACGACGUUGAAUGCUUCCAAGACAACAUCCGAGGAGGUUUCUAUGCAGCUCGUUAUCAGUGAAGAGACCGAAAAGAAGAUCGACGCAGCCCGAAUGGGAUACGCACGUGUUGCUCUGCGUUCAUCGACACUUUAUUUCGUGCUGAACGACAUGACUAGCGUCGACCCCAUGUACCAGUUCUCGCUGGAUGCAUAUGUUGCACUGUUUCAGGACUCCAUCGUCAAGAGUCGAAGUCUCAAGAACCAAGGGGCACUUAGCGAAGAGCUCACCGAGCGAAUUAACGCCAUCAACGACUACCACACGUACGCGGUCUACGCCUACGCCUGUCGUGGACUAUUCGAGCGUCACAAGCUCCUCUUUUCGUUGCAAAUGUGUGCACGUGUUCUCCAGAGCAUCAACAAACUCCCUCACGAUGAGUACGAUUUUUUGCUGAAAGGUGGAAACGUACUUGCACAGGAAGAAAAGGUUCCUAAUGUUGCAAAUGAGUUCCUCUCCGAUGGUUCAUGGGCGAGCAUUGUGGAGCUGAACAAGCUGUCUGCUUUCCACGGUAUCAUCAGCUCAUUUGAGCAGACGCUGAAAGGAUGGAAGGCAUGGUAUCAGAGUAGCACGCCGGAAAUCGAGGCUUUGCCUGGAGAUUGGGAGGGCAAAUGCAAUGAGUUGCAGAGAAUGUUACUGCUGCGCUGUGUUCGUCCUGAUCGUCUGAGUAUCCAGGCUGCUCGGUUUACGGCUACACAUCUUGGAGCCCAGUUUGUGGAUCCACCCCCGUUUGAUCUUAAGGCUAUCUACGAUACGUCCAACUACAAGACGCCACUUAUCUUCGUGCUGUCUCCAGGCGUGGAUCCAACCAAUUCGCUCAUCGCGUUAGCUGAGUCACUGCACAAGACGGUGGAGAACUGCGCUCUUGGACAAGGUCAAGCCAGUGUAGCUGAGGCCAUGCUAGCUCGUGGGUUGGACGCUGGCAACUGGGUUUUCCUCGCCAAUUGUCACUUGAUGCUCAGCUGGGCACCGACGUUAGAGAAGCUCAUUGACAACUUCUGUGCCGCUGCGCCAGCUCCUGCAGGAUCCGUUAACCCGCAGUUCCGAUUGUGGCUCACAAGUAGUCCGAAUCCGAAAUUCCCCAUCGCAAUUUUACAGCGUGGCAUCAAGAUGACGACGGAGCCACCACGUGGACUGAAGGCCAACUUGAUACGCUUGUACAACACUAUCACGCCUGAGAAGUUCACGAGGUGUCGACAGGUGAAGAAGUACAAGCGACUGCUGUUCUGCUUGUGCUGGUUCCACUCGUUACUGCUCGAACGGCGGAAAUUUAACAAUCUGGGCUGGAAUAUCCCGUACGACUUCAACGAGUCCGACUUCGCUAUCAGUGAAGACGUGCUGGCGAUUUAUCUGGAUGAGUACGAAGAUACGCCCUGGGAUGCACUCAAGUACCUCAUCGCUCAGGCCAACUACGGCGGUCGCGUGACAGACGACUGGGACCGUCGUCUUAUGCUCGUGUAUAUCUCGCAGUUCUUCUGUGAGAACGUACUCACUGUGGACAAUAUGCCGCUGUCCGACUCUGAGUACUACUUCGUCCCAGAUGAUGGCGAUUUAUCCUCCUACACCGAGUAUAUUCGACAACUGCCGCUGGAUGACCCUCCUGCUGCUUUUGGUCAGCAUCCGAACGCUCAGAUCGCCUCUCAGAUCGAUGAUGGACGAGAACUUUUAGCUACGAUUCUGUCACUACAGGCGCUAGACGUUGCUGAAGGUGGCAGUGGCAACGACGACACGGUGUUGGGACUUUUGCAGACACUACGAGAAACUGUACCUGACGUGUUUGAUCUGGCGAAUAUCAAGGCCGGUCUUAGCGCACGGAGUGAUCCUGACGCCCUUAAGACUGUGCUCAUGCAGGAGCUUGAGCGAUACAACAAGCUGCUGGCAACUAUCAACUCUUCGGCUCGAGCGUUGGAGAAAGGUAUUCAAGGCUCUGUUGUUAUUACUCCAGAACUCGAAGCUGUCUACAAUGCGUUGCUGAUUGGCGCAGUCCCUAAGGCCUGGAGCUUUUGUUACCCGUCACUCAAGCCGUUGGGUCCAUGGACUCAAGACCUGAAACUCCGCUGCGAACAAAUGGAUCGAUGGGCCAACCAAGCGCAUCCUGCUGUUUUCUGGCUCACAGGCUUCACUUACCCGACAGGCUUCCUCACGGCUCUCCUGCAGACUGCAGCUCGUAAGAACGGGUUGGCGAUUGACUCGCUGAACUGGGAGUUCAUAGUACUGAACCAAGGCGAGAAUGCGCUGCCUACAGGCCCCAAAGACGGUGCUUACAUUAAAGGACUGAUCCUAGAAGGUGCUCGCUGGGACUUCGAUCACGAUUGCCUCGCUGAACCUCACCCCAUGGAGCUACAUUGUGCAAUGCCGAUCCUACACUUCCGUCCGGUGGAGGCCAAGAAGAAGUCAGCCAAGGGUUUGUACAGCUGCCCUCUGUAUAUGUACCCGUUGCGUACCGGAACACGCGAGCGUCCGUCGUUCAUGAUUGCUGUGGAUCUCAAGGUAGGACCCGGCAAGACUCCUGAUCUCUGGACAAAGCGUGGCACAGCUCUAUUGCUCUCACUCAGCACAUAAGACAAGGUAAGCACUAUUAUGGGAGUAAUGAUUCAUAAUGUACGUGUUUUCUCCUAGAUCGUGAGCCAUUCGUGUCCCCCGCCAUCUUCUUGCUCCCCUACAAGACUUGAUCGCAUCGUCGAUUCGAUUUCAUUCGCAUCUUUGCGAAGCUUCCGUGAUCGUCGAUCAUUAGCGCCUAACAAGCUUUCUGCGAUGUACGUAGCAGACCUCAACAGCCUCGUAGCAGUACGUAGUUUGUCGUGAAUCACGCUCUGAGGUUCUCGUUGACUUUCUCUCGAAGUUGCAAUUCGGUAUAACAUACGUGCAAGCUCGGCCGCAAUUUCACAAGCCUCGAUCGAGAACUCGCCAUACCCAUUGACACUGACGUUGUGCAUUUCCUCUAGCACAAAUCGCUGGUCGUCCAGAGACGCCGCGCCAUUGCGACUAAGCGUGAUCCAUUGACGGAAAGCAUCCAACGCCAAGGAAGAACACUCGCGUUUGGUGCUGUCAGACCCUGCGAACUCAGCGGAAAAGGUAGCGAAGAAGCGACCCACAAGUUCGUACUCGGAGCGUGCUCUGUCGAGCUUGAGUAGGUCUUGCUGAUACAAUUUGGCGAGUUCGAGACGGAGAAACGCUGAUGCUGAUACAGUUCCACUGCACGCAUUCUCGUAGAUGUCGAUAGCUGCAGUGAAGCAGUGAAUCGCUUCAUGAAUGGCCUCCUUCGCUUCGUCAGCAUUCACUCGAUCCUCGUUGAUACUUCGAAGAAGAUGAACCUGUGCGAGACUCACGUGUACAGCUGCAGUGGUGAUAUGUUCCCGACCAAAGUGACGUUCCUGAAGUUCCCAAGCCUUGUUGCAGCUUUCCAGAGCUCCGUCCGUCAACGAACGAGCCGAAGCUUCGUAGUCAUUCCCUGGACGAUUGGUACUGAGUGUUGAUGGUGGAGGUGAGACCGUGAGCUCCUGGAUCAAUUUCGCUCUAGCACGAGCCUCCGCCUCUUUCUUCGACAACAAUGGCUGGCCACUGCCGCUUGCAAGUUCGACUUCUUCCAGUGCACGAGAUCGCAGAUACCGAGAGCCUUCGGUCGUCUUGAGCCAGCGUUCAGCACGAUCUCGACGGGCCUGCUGUCCAAGAACGUGGAGUUGCCGUCCACGUCUCGCUUGCGCUUCGGCGGCUACGAGAUAAUACUGCACCAGAUCGCUGCAUUCAGCGCCCAGUUUCUCUCGUGCUGCUACUGCCGUUUGGACAUAUCGCACAGCUUCUUCGAGUUGUCCUCGUCGAAGAUACACGCGACUUAGCAGCAGUUUGACACGUGCUAGCAACGCUGGAGGACUGCCAUCGUCGGGUCUAGAGUCUUCGUUUGAAGGAAGUCGAAAGUUGCUGUGAGCUCCGAGCGUCAGGAUCUCUGUCCAUGUCAGCGAGUGAUAGCAUACUCGAUUGAGAACGCGUUGCAGUGUACCGCAGAGUGCGUGGAUGUACGACGCAGCAGAAGUUUUACGGUUACUUAAGUCUGUAUUUGCAGUCUGUAGACGAUCAAGAAAUGUGUGAAAUGGCACGAUACCGUCUUCUGCAGUGUCAAGAGAAACGAACAACGCGUUCAGCAUCUGAGCUACACCAGGAGGCAAUCGUGCAGACACGAAGGUGAGAUGCUGGUGCAGUUCCUGGUUGAUCUCUUCGAGUCGCAGCAGCAGCUUCUGCCAAUGCAGAGUUUGAUUCGAUUCAAAUGCUUUUUCCAACACUUCGUGCUCGAAGACAGUAGCUAAAAGCUGGUUGCUACUAUCUCCGUGUCUGCUUAAAUGCCCUAGCAAUUCGUCAGCGGACACACGACCUCGAGCUGCUUCAUCACAUUGAGCUUUGUAGCAGAACUCGAGAGCUAGUCUCAGUAGUUUUCCAUUAUCGUUCUGUCCUCCAGCGGUACGUUUCGCUUUUGGCGCUGCUAUUUCGAUUUCUCGAAGAAGAUUAGCAGCACACGAAGCAUGCAGCUCCGCUUGCUUCCAGAGAUUUAACCUUGCGUAAGUCUCGCCUAAUUCCAGUUCAGCAUGAGCUUUACUGAUACUCUGGUGUCCAUAAACUAGUUUUACCAGGGCCAAUACUCGCAUUCGACCUCGUAAUAAUUGUUCAGAUAAUGUCCGUCCCUGAUCGUCGUAGAAC